AUGUUGAAGUAUUUUACAAAAGCAGGAAGCUGUGCCCUGAUGUCUGAUCCAUGCUCAGCCAUCUGGAAGGGUAAAGGAAAACCCAUGCCAGAGGCUGCAGGGAAAACCAGUAAAUUGGCAGUGGAAGGCUGUAAUAUUGUGCACUUCCUUUUGUUGCAUUUUCCUGACGACCGUAUCUUCUUCUUCAGCCUGAAUCCCUACAGCUAUGAUGAGAACUGCCUGAGCAGUAGUGAAGACCACAUCCCGCUGGCUGCCUUGCCCUUGCUGGCCAUUUCCUCCCCUCAGUACCAGGAUGCAGUUGCCAUGGUGAUUAACAGAGCCAACCAAGUUUACAAUGAAUUUCUCAAGUCUCCUGAUGGGACUGGUUUUAAUGGACAGGUGUGCCUCAUCGGUGACUGUGUUGGAGGAAUUUUGGGGUUUGAUGCCAUCUGCUACAGUGCUGGCACCACGGGCGAGAGUCAAAACAGUAGCAGGAGAGGGAGCCUCGGCAGCAUGCAGGAUAAUCCCCUCUUAGCAGAGGAUUCCAGUCUGGGUGGCAGCAAACGCCUAAGCAAAAGUAAUAUUGACAUUUCGGGAAUCAUGGAGGAUGAGGAGCCAAGGCAACCGUUGCCAAGGAAACAGAGCGACUCAUCCACUUAUGACUGUGAUACUAUAUCCCAACACCAUGCUUUCCUGUCUAGUAUCCACGCGAGUGUUAUGAAGAACGAUGCAGACUUUCCUCCUAUGAGCAGCUCCAGUCUCUCAGAAGUAAACCUGGGACGGUUUGAAUUUGAAGUUUCAGAUUUCUUCCUGUUUGGAUCACCACUUGGUUUAGUACUGGCCAUGAGGAGUACUGUUCUGUCUGGACUGGAUGUGUGCCAGGUCCGACCAGCUUGCAGCCAAGUGUACAGUUUCUUUCACUCUGCUGAUCCCUCUGCCUCCAGGCUUGAGCCAUUGUUGGAGAAAAAAUUCCACCUCUUGCCUCCAUUUAAUGUCCCAAGGUACCAGAGAUUUCCACUGGGAGAUGGAAGAUCACACCAGUUAGCCGACACUCUUCACAACCAGAGCGCCCUGUUUCUUGAGAACAUCUCCAGGGUCAGACCCGCCUCUCCAGAGACUCCAGAAUCUCCAGACACGCAGAGUCAGUCACAAGGAAAGACAAGGAGGACAAGCUUGGUCAGCAUGAACAGUGAAACCUCCGGGUCGACAGAGAGCUUGCCAUCAGCAAACAUCUCCAGUAUUACUGCCAAAUGGUGGGGAACAAAGCGAAUAGAUUACGCCCUGUACUGCCCAGAUGUUCUAACAGCAUUCCCAACAGUGGCCCUGCCCCAUCUCUUCCACGCCAGCUACUGGGAAUCAACUGACGUUGUGGCAUUCAUUUUAAGACAGGUGAUGAGGUAUGAAAAUGUGAAUGUCAAGGAAAAUGACAGCUUGGACCCUGCAACACUAAGCCCCUCCAAUCCACGAGAGAAAUGGCUACGGAAGAGAACACACGUCAAGCUCCGAAAUGUAACUGCCAAUCACAGAGCAAACGACGUCAUUGCAGCGGAAGAUGGUCCUCAGAUACUGGUUGGGCGGUUUAUGUAUGGCCCCCUGGAUAUGGUCGCUUUAACGGGUGAAAAGGUUGAUAUCCUUAUUAUGACUGAACCCUCUUCGGGCAGGUGGGUGUAUUUCGACACAGAGAUCACCAAUAGCAGUGGCAGAAUAUCCUACAACAUACCCAAACAGAAGAGGCUUAGAGUUGGCGUGUAUCCCAUCAAAAUGGUGGUUAGGGGCGACCAGAGCAAUGCACUGAGUUACUUGACUGUGCUUCCCCCGGGAAUGGAGUGUGUGGUGUUUAGCAUUGAUGGCUCCUUUGCAGCGAGUGUCUCAAUCAUGGGUAGUGACCCCAAAGUCCGAGCUGGGGCAGUCGACGUUGUCCGCCACUGGCAGGAUCUGGGAUACCUGAUCAUCUAUAUCACUGGCCGUCCUGAUAUGCAAAAGCAGAGAGUGGUCUCCUGGUUAUCUCAGCACAACUUUCCUCAAGGGAUGAUUUUCUUCUCGGAUGGGCUUGUUCAUGACCCACUACGACAAAAGACUAUUUUCCUCCGGAAUCUAAUGCAAGAGUGCUACAUCAAAAUUUGUGCUGCGUAUGGCUCAAUGAAGGAUAUUUCCGUGUACAAUGUUUUGGGUCUGUCGCCUUCCCAGAUCUACAUAGUUGGACGUCCGACAAAGAAAUACCAGACUCAAUGUCAGUUCCUCAGUGAAGGUUACGCGGCGCACUUAGCUUUGCUGGAGUUCAGUCUCCAUUCACGGCCCAAGAAGAACAACUCCCGGAUGAUCUUGAGGAAAGGAAGCUUUGGCCUGCACUCCCAGCCCGAGUUUCUGCGGAAACGGACUCACCUUCGCAGGACUAUGUCUGUGCAGCAGCCUGACCCACCUUCGUCAAACCCCAAACCAGAGCGUGCCCAGAGCCAGCCUGAAUCAGACAAAGAUCACGACAGGCACCUGCCCCCCAUAGCCUGGGUUCGAGGUGGGGUCCAUAAAUUUGAGUCUGCGCCUUAGGAAGCAUUGAGGUGUAAGUCUUGGGUGCCGGCCAAUCAACCUGUAGGCAUGAGGUGGGACACAUAACCAGAGGCUUCCUUGCUCUGGAAUCUGCCUUCUUAAACCAAGUAGGGAACUUUGUUUGUUCCUCUUAACGUACCUAUUCUACAAUUUUAAAUCCAGAUCUAAAACUAUCGCAAGUGCUUAACAUCAAAACUGCAAAAUAUGUCUUAGAAUUUUUUUUACAAGACACAUUAUAAAAUGUGCAAUAAGAGAAAAGCUGUAACAGGUUGAUUUUACUCAAGGGAAGAUGCUAAAAGGAGUGACAUCAGCUAAUUAGUAACACCUUAAAAAAAACAUAAGCGGGUAAAAUGCGUGAAAGAGAAGGCUUACAUUUUAAAACCCUAAUGGCUGUAUCAAUUGCUGCUAUACACCUGAGAAAGUGUUAUACACAGAAGGGAAGUGCAGGUGGAGUGGAAUGUGGAAGGCAAACUGUUUGGGUGCCUUAAGCCCAAGACAAUUUCCUUUGGGCUUAUGGUGUUGAUGAAUGUGCAUCAGCUCAAGUUCUGAUCUAUACAUCUUAUAAGUCAGGUAGCUAGACUUAAAAUACCCACUGGAGAAAUCGACUUAUGAACCAAAUCAAACACUUGAUUGAUUAAAAAAAAAAGUCUCUCUACUGCAGUCUGAAGGACUGAUAGUGUUGCUAUAUACAAAGAUCAUACAUUUUUCAUGGAGCUUGGUGACUGUACAAAUGUUUGAAUUGCUUCAAGCAACAAGAUGGGUUUGACCCUUUUGAUACAAGACAUGGAUCCUACAUGGGUAAGCUAAAGAAACCCCUCUUCUGUAGUGUCUCCAGAAUUUUACAAUGGAUGAAAAUGAGUGAUAAAAUCAUAACUGGUUUUAUAUGGGUAAUUUUCUCCUUGUCACUGCUGUUUAAAGAAACUAUAUGCUAUGAAAGUGUAGGUGCAGUUUCUGUUAAAACAAAUCUUACUGUAUUUAAAAUACCCACAUUUAAGCUUCAUAGAAACUAGAUGCUAUGAAAUUGCAGCUGCCAGUUAAAAGUACUCAUUUUCUAAUUACCAAAAAAUUCCAUUUAGAUGGUCUCAGCUCACAGAGGUAAAUUGUGUAGUCAUUUUAGGAUAGAAGCAAAGAGCCAGAUCCUGCAAAUUCUUACUUGUGAUAACUCCUACUGAGCUGAAUUCAGAGGAACUACUCAAGCUUUUCAGGAUUGGGUCCUAACAAGCAUGUUUUCCCAUCUUUAUUAAGGUUGUAAGUGCUCAUAAACCAGGUUUUAAUCCUUAAAGAGGUGGUGUUCCUGAGCCUGGGAGAGUUUAAAUAAAGUUACCCAUUUUUCAAGUCUUAUCCAUCUUGAAUGCAGGCCAGAUGCAGGCUCAAAUGAGCCUAUUGGUUAUUGAGACAUAGUAUGUACAAGAAAUGCUAUGGGGAAACGACCACGAGGCAGUAGACGGAAAAAGGAAACCUGCAUUAUUUGAAGACCCCAGAGAGCUAUGAGAGGUUCCGAUGGGUGAUUCCUACCCAAGGAAGCAGCAAAUUAGCUCUACCAGUAGAGCACCUUAGGUACAUUUCUGUAUUUUAUUCUGUGGGAGGAAUGCCAAAGUUACCUGCUUUUUUGUAUUACACUUGUAAUCAGUCUACAUGCAAAAAUUUAGCUUUACAUUUCCUGACAGAUCUAAUAGCAUUUCACAUUAACUUUAUUGUUUCUCUUAAAUUAAACUGGAGUGUUGAAGUUAAAAUUAAGACACUAAAUGUUUUGCAAACUCACACUAGUUAGGAUCGGGUACUUACGGUAACUGUUUUAUUUAUGUCCUUUGCUCAGUGUCUCCUUGGUGCCAGGUCAUUUGGAUAUAAAAGCUGAAUGUAAGAUCCCCAAGAGCAACACUGAAUAGUUUUUAGGUUUACAAAUGUCUUUUUCUGAGUAAUGUCACAAGUCCUCUAACACACAGCACUUUAAAUGGUUACGUGUUCUGUCUUUUCCCUCUGCGUCCCUCUCUUCCACCCUCUGCAAUCAGACUGAAAUCACACAGGCUCUAAAGCAGGGCAGAACCUAGCUCCCUGCACUAAACUGACUACUAGCAUCAGUACGCAUGGCUCCACAGACUUUAGUGGAGUCAUGGCUGCUUAUCCCAGUGAUGAAUUUGGCUCUCUGCUGCUGCUCUAGGGGCAAGGAAAAGCAAGUAAUGAAGAUGGGUGGUUGGUGCUCAAUCUCUAUCUGAUGCUUCUCUUCUGACUAACAGGUACCAACAAAAAAAUGCUCUUAGAACAUACAGUAAAAAGCUUGCUACAGUGAUCUACAUCUGAUCACUAAUGGUUUAUAGAUUCAGCAGAUUCACUGCUUUAUUGUCCUUGGAGCAGUUUUAUUUGCUUGGGGCUGUGGUGAUUGGCCAAUUGUUUUAGGCUCUCUUCACUGCAAAACCUCUGGGAUACAGUAUUUUUCAGCUUACCCCAAGUUUAACAGGCAGGGGAACAUACGACUUUUCAGAUUUGUCUAUUGAGUUCCUACCUGUAAUCGGAUGGGCAGAUCUAAAGGGGACAGUGAUUGUUUAGCUCGAAAUUACAUUUUGUAAAGCAGCUCUGUGUUACAGCAUGUACACUGCUGGUGAUUAUUGUGCCUGCUGUGCAAUUCAAAGCUAUUGUUGCUUUAGCUAAUGUCUACCUCUAUCAGCCACGAGGCUCCAAAACCAAUUCAUCUAAUUCUCCUAUUAUAUAGAUUUCUUUCCAGAAUGAGAUCUAGUUGGAAUUUGUGUCCAUCAUUAAGGGAAAUGAGCCUGAAAGCUAUAACAAUGUGUCUUUUAACUCGAAUUUUUCAUUAAUACCUGGGUCUCUUGACUAGACGCCAUUGUGCUGGCUUCUCAUAACAGUAGAAUAAUUUAAGCAGUGAAAUAAGUGCUAGUUUGUGUACAUGAUUAGAAUGUCAGCAUUUUAAAUAUUACUACAUACAGUAUUAGAAUUCAGCUGAAAAUAAUUAACUCCCCUACUUGGUUUCAUGAGAUACUGGAACUCAUGUGGCCUUUGUAUAAUUCCAAUAUUGGUUAUUGCUCAGGGAUUGAAUGUUUUACCCUCUGCUCACUGGUCCUCCAACUAAGCACCUUUGCCAACAAUCCCACAACAUAUUCAAGUUAGAGGUUAAUGUUUCAUACCAGUUGGAAACUGGUGUUCCAAAAUUUCAGAUGACUUAAAGCAUUUGGGUUUUUUCCUGCUCUAGAUUAUUAGUCACUAAAAUGGUGUCAUCAUUUCAGUGGGGCUGAGAGUAUCAGUAUGGUAAGAAGAAUGACAUGAAAUCUCUGAACUAGCUAGGCCUACAAACAAAGUAUUAAGUAAGUGGAAAUUUGGGAACCCAGCUGUAUAUUAAAAGUUAGGUGUAUGUCCAGGUAGCUCUCUUUUAUGGAUGCUGAGCUAGGACCAAUUCUGUUAAAUUGUCAAUCCCUGUUAUCUCCUAAAGCAUUUGCUUCUUGCCAAAUUGUUUAUAUGCCAUGGUUCAUAGGUGCAGACUUUCCUAAUUCAGAGCCUGUUGAGUAAAGUGGAAUUUCAAAAUCAAUUUAAGUCUUCAUUCAGUUUUGCUUAAACUUUCACCAAGGGGAGUAGUAGUGCUUUUUAAAAUUUCAUUCAUUAGUAGAUUGGGUUUAGGUAUCAGUGUCUGUCUGUAUCAAGUUACUACCAGAUGUCCUUGCACACUCAAAACUAGCUUGGUUGUGAAUUAAGACAUCAAUGGAAGUUUUGAGUGCUCACAGAACACAGGUUGAGCACAUAAAUAAUUUCUGCACCUUAGUGCCUCCUGACUGCUUGGUAUGGAAAAGCACAGUCUUUGCCAGGUAAACUGAGGAAGUAAUUGGAAAUGUAAAAUGUAUUAUAAUUAAUAUUUUAGUGAGGAGUCAUAGCAGUCAAAGUUAAAUGCACAAGUAAGGUAGGCUGUGACUAGGAACACUUAUUUCUCUGCCAUGUUUAAUGGACCCAGUUUAUUACUGUAAAAAAAAAAAAUCUGAUUAACUAGCAGUGGUGGACUGUUAUCUGAGCUAUUGUGAAAAGGCACCUUCACAGCUGUGGUGUUUGUUGUGCGUGUGUGUAUAUUUACUGACUUCAUAACAACCCAUGUGAAGUUUUGGUAAAGCUUUCACAGCAAAUUUGUAACCAAUAUGCAUUUUUUACAAUAGCUGUUUGGUCUAUUUUGUUGUCCUGUUAAGUAAGUUUUUUGGGGGAAAAUUAGCAUUGUAAAAAGUACAGAAUAUUCCACAGACAUGCAUAGUAAUGGUAAUCCAAAUUUGAUGAGUAUGUCACUAAGAAAUGUUUAAGUACAUGUUUGCCUACACUAGUGCUGUUGGAACAAAAUCUUCUUGCUUGACCAAAGUAUUCUUGUUUAUUCUGUGGCAUGUUUUAUAUCUAUCCAGCCUACUAUUUUGUUAGGUGUGAACUACACAGCAUCCAUUGUCCCUCUGUCACUGGGGCUCAAGAGUGAGCUGCCAUUUUGAUAUGGUUAGAAAAGCAUUAAUCGUGUUCCAUUCUCCACUAUUUAGUACACCUAGCAGCCUUUACACUAGAGAGUUCAGACUUUAGUGAAGAUAGAGGGCCCCCUUCUCUUAUUUGCUACUGCUUUCAACGUAGCUAGGGCAUAUUUCAGGAGUUAUGGGGAGACAGAACAAACCCUACGCUAAGAAAGCUUAAUUUGUUUCAUUAAGCAGUAUUCGCCAAGAUAGUGACACUUCUGUCAAACUCUCAUGCUCUUGUGGGGCACAGAAAGCAUGUAAACAGCCCUUGUACCUGGUUCCACUUUGCAAAAGUUGUGUGCCUAUGCAUCUCUUUAAACAAAUCCAGUUGUUUGCUUUUAAAACCAGAUUAUAUGCAAAUAGUCAAGAGCACUUUUCCCUAUAAAUAGGUUCCCAAGUAGAAAAAAAAGUUUGAGCACAAGAAUUGUUUUUAAAGUCUGAAUGUAAAACAAUUGGUAAAGGACAAUACUUCCCUGUAGUACAGCACUAAAAGCAAAAAUGUUUUUUUUUCAUGCUAUCCAAACCACAAGAAAGUUAACUGACACCAUAAAAGCAACUUGCUGCUAUUGUGUUUAUUAAUAGAGGUAAAGACAUGUGUUUACAUUAUGUAGGAUCAUCUCCUCCUCUCACCUUUUCCUAUUUAAGGGACUGAAAACUGAAUGUGGAGUCACAGAAUUUCCAGCUGGUUAUUCCCUUUGGAGAGUGAAGAAAUUAGGUGGCCGGGUGAAAAGAGGCCAUAUGCCUAAUGUGUCUGACCUCACUUGUCCCUGGAAGCAUAGCUGUUCCAGAGGAGAUUGGAGGGUGGGAGUGAGUUCUAACUACAGACUGGGGUGAGUAUGAAAACUUACUCAUUUCCCAGGCUACACAGAACAGCCAGCGAUCCUGCUUGGAACAUGGUGGAAGGGAGCUCCCUGUGGGAGUUGAAAACAACAACACAGCUGACACUCCUCCUCUUGGCUCAGAUCCAUGAAAAGGGGAUGAGGAUCUGGCCUGUAAUUAGACAGUAUUCCUUUAAAACUGGCCCUGCUUUUGGGAAGGGGUGGAAAAUUUUGAGUUAGCCUCUCCUUACCCAGAAAAGCACUGGGCGAGUGGUCAGCAUCUCAGAGCGUAUUGACUGCUAAGUACAGGCGGGUUUACAUGUGGAAUGGAACACUAAAAAGGAAAAGUUGGAGAGUAACAAA